AUGCAUUCGAAACUUGCCUUCGAUAGCAUGUUUGAUCCUCUUAAGGACUUGUUUGAUUAUUCCAGUCGCACAUUUGAUGUGUUUUCUUUAGUGUUUGUGAAAGCAAAUAAAAGACAUGUUAAGAACUCAAAGGCAGGAAUGAUUCAAGUUCUCACUAAUCAAGUUGAUUAUGGACCAAAGAAGCUUGGAAAAGUUGUCAAGGCUUUUUUGAUGUUCAAAGACAAACCACCCGAUGUAUUAUUCCCUAAGAUAAGUACUUCUGAUCUCAAAUUUUGUUUGCCCCUUGAUCACACAGAUAUAAUGCGCUUGUCUAUGUCAAAAGAGCCAAUUACAGGUUUUGGAGCAGCCUUGAAGCGUACAAGAAGAACCGAGAAGAGGGAGGAACACAAACUAUAUAAACCACCUGAUUUGGAACAGGAUAAACACCAAGACGUCAGUUGUCUCAUGCUGAUGAAAGAGGAGCCACCAGACGCAGCAUACAAGCCAAAACCAAGCCAAAAUAUAAAUGGAGUUACGAGAGAUGAUCGAACCAAGACCUAG